AUGAAGGGCAGCCUGCUUGCAAGGUUUCACGAGGCCGGCGCUUCCGCGCUGCUGACCAGAAAGCAAAGCGGCAGGAUCCGCGGGUUCUCGAAGAAGUUUCAAAUUGCGUCGCGGAACGCGUGCGACACGCCCGCAGAGUAUGGGCUACGCGGGAGCAAGGAGGGAGGGGGCGUCAGAUACUACUGCAAGAGCCAUGGGCCAACGAAGGGCUGUUUCCAGAUCGACCAGGACCGCGCGGCAUGGGUUCAGGCGCGCGAGAAGGCGCGAAGGAAGGCGAGCCCUGCCUGUCCUGAACGCGAGCGGCAUCAGAAGGGCCCCGGGUCACGUACUGCUCCUCAGUCAUGGACGGCAACAGCAGAGUCCGUGUGCGCUGACCGCGGCGCCCGCCACAACCCCAGAACCGUCCCCCGUGCGAUCGCCAGCGACUCCAAGUCGGACUGCGGUCGUGGCGCAGCCUGCCAUCCGCACGCCGCCAGUGACGAUGCGCAGCCCGGGCAGCCUCUCGUCCUCCGUCGCGCAGAGGGCCUGUGCGCCCUUUCAAGCGGGAGCACCAGGUUUGGGGUUCAGCCCGCUGCCACGGUGAGCGUGCUGGCGAGGAGCGGAUUCCAAGGAUUGUCAGCCUACGAGUAUGGGUCGGAGAAGGUCUUCUACUCUUCGGCACCAAAGAGCAGGGCUCUGAUAGCGACACAACUGAUGAUCGGGGGCGUGGAGAGCAACCCGGGGUGGCCCACACACGAUCCCGGCGCCCUGAGCAGCUCACGCAGGCGGCCCCUGAUUCACCUUCCGACAGCAGAGCAAUCGAACCCGAACUGGGUGGCAGAGGUGAUGGCCCGCUCUGCAGUGCAACCUGCUCAACCCCAGUGGCAGGCCCCGCCGACCGCGCCAAGCGUCAGUAGAGUG